UCGUUUCCUUAGCAAAGACUUUAUGGUCACUUUAAGAAGUUCGUUUUCUAGAGAAGAGAAGUUGUCAAUUUUAUUUGUUGCUUCCUCACUUCUGACUCCAAGAUGCAUAUGUAAAAUAUUUGUCCUUGUGAUCACCUAAUGUCGGAAGGUUCCAUCGCAGUUGUCAAACCAGAGAUGAAAUCAUUUAGCUGGCCACAAACUACCGAUGAUUCGAUUCAACAAGUAGAGGAAGAGGUUGCAAUGUUUUGUCCUAUGAUAUGUCAGGAAGUACAACAAACAUGCAUGGGAUCCUCCAAAAAUUAUGCCAUAUCCCUUCCUGAGAGAGUUAAUGCUGCUAUGUUAGGUUUAAUACUUGACUAUUGUCAAUUUCACCAAGUACCAGGUCGAUCCAAUAAGGAGAGGAAAACUUUUGAUGAAAAGUUUGUCCGGUUAGACACGAAGAAACUAUGUGAGUUGACAUCUGCUGCCGAUAGCCUCCAAUUGAGGCCUUUGGUUGAUCUGACCAUUCGUGCACUUGCCUGGAUGAUUGAAGGAAAAACUCCUGAGGAAAUACAUGAGACCUUUCAUUAUCUGUUGCUAGAAGAUGAAAAAAUUUAUAGUCCUCACCGUCUUUCUUUAUCUGAUACUGUUAUUAUUUGUAUAUUGCAGGAGGAGAAGUUGCAACCCUUGAAAAAUGUAUCUAAUGAUCCACGUAUCAGGCUUUUGAAUCGAUUAUAUGCAAGAAAAAGGAAGGAAUUAAAAGAUGGGCAGAAUCCAAAGAAUAUUGAGGUUGAAGAAGAGCAACCUGUGGAUGAACUCUCAGUUGAUGAUCUUUUGUCAUUUAUAAAUGGUGGGAUUGGAGAUUCAAAAGGGGCUAGAACUACUAAGAACAAAAGGAAAGGCAGGAGGAGGAAAGAACAGCCUAGAAAUUCUUCUUUAAACACUGAAAAUGGAGACAAUAAGAAGGAAUCAAAUAGUUUCUCUUCUGGCUGCAUCAAUAGUGACAUUAAUGUUUCCUCGCCGAGUAAAACGUCAAUGUCUAAAGACAUGGCAUCUGUUAUAUUUUCACCCAAGCUGGGCUUCAACGAGGGUGAUAGAGAUGAUGAGUUAGAUCCAGUGAUGAAAGAACAACUUGACAGGGAAGUCGAGGAUUUUGCACGGAGAUUGAAUUCUGUCUGGCCUGAAAGAAUGCAAGAGCUGUUAUCAUUUGGUCAAGAAAGAAAUGUUGUACCAGUAACUAUCAAUGGAAAUGGAUCUUUCAAGAGAUGUACAGGUUUGGACAGGAGAUGA